ACGAGACAGGCACACUCGCGGACGCCCUACUCGGAAGGGCGGGUCCUGAGACCGGAAGUAGGAAGCCGGAAGUGGGCCUGUGAGGACGUGUUCCGAGGAAGCCGCAGGCCGGCUCAGCCGGCGUCAUGGAGCCGCUGUACCAACAAACGCACAAGCAGGUCCACGAGAUCCAGUCUCACAUGGGACGCCUGGAGACGGCAGACAGGCAGUCUGUCCACUUAGUAGAAAACGAAAUCCAAGCAAGCAUAGACCAGAUAUUCAGCCAUCUAGAGCGUCUGGAGAUUUUGUCAAGCAAGGAGCCCCCUAAUAAAAGGCAGAGUGCCAAACUCCGUGUCGACCAACUCAAGUAUGAUGUCCAGCACCUGCAGACAGCCCUCAGGAACUUCCAGCACCGGCGCUAUGCCAGGGAGCAGCAGGAGCGACAGCGAGAUGAGCUUCUGUCUCGAACCUUCACCACUAACGACUCUGACACCACCAUACCCAUGGAUGAAUCACUGCAGUUUAAUUCCUCCCUCCAGAACAUUCACCACGGCAUGGAUGACCUCAUUGGAGGCGGGCACAGUAUUCUGGAGGGACUGAGGGCCCAAAGACUGACCUUGAAGGGGACUCAGAAAAAGAUCCUUGACAUUGCCAACAUGCUUGGCUUGUCUAACACAGUGAUGAGGCUAAUUGAGAAGCGGGCCUUCCAGGACAAGUACUUCAUGAUCGGAGGGAUGCUGCUCACCUGUGCAAUCAUGUUCCUUGUGGUACAGUACCUGACGUGAGCCAGCUGUACCCACCACGGAUAACCUUCCCACUGUGUGCGCAUGUGCAAGCAAGAAGUGGGCCUGGAGGCCACGUUUGAAAUGUAUGCCUUAACUGUGAAGACACCCCUCCCCCCAGGAGUAAUUGUGGCUUAGUAUCAAACCUGCUUUGUUGUCUGUGACAUCUGGGGAGUGGGAACUAGGGUCACCAAGAUAUGUGGUGCUUAGGAAGUGGGCUAAAACCCUGUUAUCUAGUUCUCACUGAGGGAGGGAUGGGUGGGUUUGGGGGUCUCUCCAUACAACUAAUGCUUGCCCUGGAAAGCCUGCAUGGUGAGGCUUGCACACAGGACUGUUCACGUUGUUCACUCCUCGUCAUCGCCCACCCUCUGUGGCUCCUGAUGUGGGGGGCUGGGUCACAAGUGAGAAGAUGAGGGAAGAAGUCUUUCCUUGUGCCUUCUGGGAUAGAUCAGUUCUCACAUCCUUCUAGCCACUACCCAGUCCCAACCCCUAAGAAAACAUGACAUGUAGGUGACUGACUGCUAACACCAGCACCCCGUCCCUGGAGCAGCUACUCCAGGGAAGCGGUGACAUUGGAGCUGCUGCUGAUAAUGUAAGCUUUUCCAUGCCACCGUUGCUGGGUGUUUGUCCUUCCUGAGGUGAGGCCAGCAGUGUUCCUGGGGAGUGUUCAGUUGGACACAAGUCCUAAGUCACCAGUGUUUUUCCAGUUAACACAGCAAUUGGCUCUUACAGUUCAGAGAUGGUAGCUUGGCUCCUCCACCCAGGCCUUUGCGCCUUUGAAGGAGUCCAUGAGCAAAGGGUGGUUUGUAAGUUGCAUACUUAUCUGGUUCUGCCAUCUCAAAUUCCUGUGACUAUCUCUCCUUUUCCUUGAAAUAUAUUAGUAAUAUAUCCAUCCACUAAACCUGCAUUUUCCCCAGCCCAGGUAGGCCACCCUAGAGAUGUCCCUGGGAAGUAUAUCUUUAUGAGACUGUUUCAGGGAGCAGGUCAUUUUUACUUUGCCCGGCCAUGAUUAAGACUAUAUCAAUACCUGGUGUAUUGCAGAAUUUGUUUGAAAAUUAAUAUAUCUUGAGCACACUUGUGCUUAAUCUCUGAAAGUACCAGAAAGAUAUAGUGAAUUUAUUUGCUCACUAGUCACAGGCCCACCCAAACAUUUCUAAAUUUAGUAGCCUUAUGGUGGGACAAUCAGAUACCCAGAAUUCCUCAGAACUGGAAACCUGGUCAGUAUUAACCCUGCCUUUGAUUGUCCUGCCUGUCUUUGCUUAAGUAUCCUCUGUGCUGUUUCCCUCUUCACGGUGUGUUACGUCCCACCUCUCUCCUACUGAGGAGCAGCAUUUGUUUCUUGGGCGCGCCUGUGGUGUCCCUUUGGGGAACAUUCUCGGCGAUCACAUUUUCAGCCUGACUUUCAGAUUCUGCUCAGAUUCAGUGUCUGUUGCUCCUUCCCCUCUAGGCUAACUGGGCCCUCGAUGGCCAGGAAGUGGGGAUCUCUGACUUCUCUAGGAAGACUUGAUAGUUCUGUGGAGUAAAAACAAUGGCCUAGAUCUCACUUUGGGGAGGCAGAUUGGCAUGAGCUCUGGCUGGCCAUAAAGUGGAGUUUAGAUGGCACAGACCUGACUGCCCUGCCCCCUCGGCACCCCAUGAUCCCACCAGAUAAUGUACUUUGGAAGAUGUGCAAGCUAAAACUGAGCCAUUUGGACUCAAAAUGUGGGCAGCAAAAGCCCCCUGCCCCUUGCCCUUUAGUGAUUGUUGGGACAGUGUUUUGUAUAUAUAAGUGUUCCACCCUUGCCUUUGUAGUGUGACCCUUGGCUUUGAUGGACUUGAUAUGCUACCUUCACAGUCAGGUCUGCCCACUUUGGGAUAAAACUUGCAGUGGCUGGGCCUCUUUACUAGCUUGGGAUAGAGAACAGUAGCCAGAGGAUCCUGACGCCAAGGGCAUUGAAGUGGCUGCUGGUGUCUGCUCUCCUUUGCAUUCCCAUUCAGUGCCUCCUGAGAUCACCCCACCUGACUGGGUACAACUGUCCUCAGGCUUCAGCUGUGGGAAGGAGCCAGAGCCUGAAUGGGAUGCCCUCUAGUGGAGAUAGAGCUGGAUUCUUAGUGGAGCUUGCCAGAAGCUCCAGCCCACCUAGUGGUGUGUUUACCUUGGCACAGCAGUUUAAGUGGUGUGAUAUGAAGCAGGUGGGAUGUUUGCAUUAAGUAGAUGUAUACUCCAUGUAUGGCCACUUUAAGGAAAGCUGAACCCAGGGGCCAAGUAAAUAGUCUAGGUUUUACUCCAAGCUUUCUUGAAAGCCAGCUUGCCCUGUUGAAUUUAAAUCGCUUUAGUUGGCAAAUUAUACUCAACACCCCUUGUUUUCAGAACAUGUCAGCUGAAUAAAGUUGAAGUUUAUUUGGAAAA